CUCCCGCCCCUGUGCAUCCCCCGCCCCUGUGCAUCCCGGAGGGCCCUGGUGCGAGCCAGCCGUGGCUUCUCAGUCCCAGCCCCGGGGACCGUCCCUUGGUCUAGGCCAGACCAGCGCGGAGGGGUGAGUCUGGCACUCCGCAGCAACGCGGUAGCAGGUGACCAGUCUCCACGCACCGGUGCAGCAGCAGAAAGCCGGGCCGGGCUGGCAACCGAGACGCACGUGAGGAUCUGUCAGCGCUUCGCUGGCGCCGAGCGCUUUGCCACCCUGUAUAGCCCGGACCACCGCAUCCCCGUGUUCUCAGCAUUUCGCGCUGCUCGCCCGGCGCCCCUUAGUGCUGAGCAGCGCGGGCUUCUGGAGCCGCAGAUUGAUGACCCUGGCAGCAACCUUGAGGAGGUAAUUGAAGAGGCCAAUGCUGUUACCUCUGUGAACAAUCUGGGAAGCAAGCAAGCCUUGAAUGCAGACUACCUUGACUCUAACUAUGAAAUUGGACAGCUGUACCCAUUCCUCCUUAGCAAUGACCCCCAGGUGCCCACAUUCCCACUCACAAAUUCAGUUCCAAUGACCAAGUCUUUCCAGGAACGAUGGUACAAGAAUCUCAACAGCCUCAUGGAGAGAGCCUUGAUCCCACACUGUGGCGAUGGAAAAGACCUAUAUAUCAUCACAGGCGCGGUCCCCUCGGACUACAGAGUUAAGGGCAAAGUGACGAUCCCAGAAUUUGUCUGGUUGGCAGCCUGCUGUGACAUCCCUGGUGGAGGAUGGGCCAUGGGCUUCACCAAGCACACUCAGGACAGUGGCAUCAUAGAUGAUGUGAUGGUGAGGGACCUUGAGCAGCUGCUUCCUCAUAAGCCUCAGCUGUUCCAGGACAACUGUGGAGAGACAGAGCAAGACACGGAGAAGAUGAAGAAGAUUCUGGAAGUGGUCAACCAAGUCCAAGAGGAGGAGCGGUCUCUGCUGUCUCAAGAGAGCACGAGUCCCCUCACCAGCACCCAAAGCCAGAGGUCUGCUCCACUGUCCCCAGAAGCAUCAGAGGGAGGAGGCAGCUUUCUGGGAAAAGUCCUUGGUUUCCUAUUAACACCAUUCAUCAAACUUUUCCAGUUAAUUUACUACCUUGUGAUCGCAGUCUUAAGGAAUGCCAUCCACCUCCUUUGGUUUGUUGCCAAGCAGGUGAUAAAUGGCAUUGAGAGUUGUCUAUACCGUCUGGGCGCAGCCACUGUGUCAUACCUUGUAGCCAUUGGACAAGAGUUGGUGGGCAUUCCCUGGAAAGUGCUCAAAGUUGUGGCCAAAGUCAUCAGGGCCCUUCUCCGGAUCCUCUGCUGUCUGCUGAAGACUAUCUGUCGAGCUCUGAGCAUCCCUCUCCGAGUCCUUGUGGAUGUAGCCACGUUCCCUGUGUAUACCAUGGGGGCCAUUCCCAUUGUGUGCAAGGACAUUGCUGUGGGCCUGGGGGGCACUCUCUCUCUCCUCUUUGACACUGCUUUUGGCACCAUGGGUGGUCUGUUUCAGGUUGUUUUUAGUGUCUUCAAGCGGUUUGGCUACAAGGUUACUUUUGACAAUUCUGGGGAGUUAUAGGACUCAAAAACCUAGCGGUAUCCAUUGUGAUGUAUUUUAUUUCUUUUCAACAGAGAGAGAGGAUAUUCUGUUUUUAUAGCGGGCUUCUGUUCUCGGUCAGCUACUGUGUUAUGUUUGCCUGCGGGGUGGGUUGGCUUUUUCUGCAAAGGAGUUUGGCACACUUUAGACUUGAGGGUAGGUAUGGUAUCCACUGUGCACCUGCAAGCUUCCAUGAGUGUGUUAACUUCAGUACUGUGCCCUGACUCAGAGUGAAACGCCUGGACCGACCCAGGCUUGUUAUGAAAACUAAAAAUAAGGAGGGAGAGGAUGACGUUAAAGGUUUUAAGAAAUGGAGAAAGAAUCUUGUACCUCCCAUUCCCCUUAAAGAUUUAAAGCAAACGAUCUGAAUCCUGUUGUCCAGCCUCUUAACAUUUCUUUCUCUUCCUCUCCCACCCAAUCAACUGUGAUGACAUACAGGUGACUGCUCUGUUGAAAUCCCUCCCUAUGAAGGUAGCAUCUGCUUCAACUUUGACUUUUGCCUGGUCUCAAUGGCUUAUUCGAUUUUCAUUUUCUCCCAAAGUUGAAUUUGCUAAGUCACAAUGAGCAUUUUAUGACAAAUGUGGCAUAAUAAAAUUUUAAUGCAGCCCUGAUUAGGGUAGGUCAGGUCCCCCCCCCCAGGUGUAGAAAGUGGAAAAGAGACAGUGUUAAGUAGUGCUGUAUGUCCAAGGGCAUACCUAGGGAGGCAUGGACCAUCUUACAUGAAAUCUUUGGUUGACAACGUUAAAGACAAAUAUUUGCAUGUUACUCUAAUAUGAAACUUAAUAUUUUGUGACAUCUAAUGCCAUACCAUGAGGCACUCUGACUUUUCUCCUGAAGUGAAUGUUAUAACUAUCUAGGUAAUAGACAACGUGAAAAAUAUUCUGGCCAUAUUGGGCAAAAAUACAUGUAUGUAUAUAUUUAAGAAUCAUUAUCUCUUAGAGCAUUAUUUUUAUAGGAUAUUUGAGGCUAAAAAAAUGUAAGUCCUUCCUUAAUGCAAGUUAAAUUUGAGAGCUUAUUCCCGAUUUUGAUCAAUCACUUGUAAUUUUAAAUCUUGCACUAAAAAGUAUAACAAAGUGAACCAAACAUGCUUUGUAGGAACCAAACAUCCCCACAGUGGCAAUGGAUUGUCUAGUAUUUUUUCUGAGUGUUCCAAAGAGUUGCUGUGAAGGAGAAAGGGGCCUAGUGUGGACUUCACUUGGGUACAUAGCAGCUGGAAGUUAGCUGUAAAGACUAGGAGUCUAGAAAGAAAACAGAGGGGACAGCAGUGCAUCAGCUGUCACAAGGGAGCUGACAUGGGAGAACCUGAAUGUAGCAAGAAAAAAAAUUGCAGAAGAUGAUUUGAAUUGCACCAGAGAAAACUAGUAGCCUGCAAACUUCCACAUAGCCGUGAUUCUGAGCCUAGACUUCGGACCAGCCCUCACUUGGUUUAUCAAGACUCAUAGCAGUAUUUGCCAGGAGUUUUCUCUGUGUAAAUGGGAGUGUGAGGGUUUGUGUUGGCACUGAUGGGCCAAAAAAGGGACUCUCAGAAAUAGCCACAGAAGCGGUCUGGCCAAGCCAUCAUGUGUUUAGGUCCCAGAGGCACAAGGAGGCUGUGGACUUGACUCUGCAGGUUGUGACAAACUAAGACACUCCAUCACACUGGGUAUGCCUCCCUAAGGGUAAGUAGGAUUUUAUUACCUAUAAAAGAUUUCAGGUUCUGUAUCAUCAACUGGAUUUGGCACGGUUAAUGAAAUGCCAGCUAUCCAUAUGAAACUGCAUCUCACGUGGCCCUCUUUCUUUUUAGUGAAUAUUUGCAUUCUGAGAGGCCCUAAUAGGGCACCCACGGCACCGGAACCCCUUUUUAGGGAACUACUUGGAAAUACCCCCUCCCUGUAUUCAGAUGUCUGGUUAUUUAUUUUGUGUGGCUUUUUUUUUUUAAUAUGGGAAAGGAUAAUAAGACAAAAAUAUAUCCUUUAGGUUAGUGGGCCGUGACACUUCAUUCUGGAGUUUCUGGUUGGAAGGGCCCCCAAGUCACUGGAACAAGAUGCAUUGAUCUCCGGGCUGCUGGUCCCUUCCCAGCAGGCUACUCGAGGCAGGAGUUGGAGAAGCUGAGCCCUGUCUUCAGCUUGGAGACUUUGCUGUGGCUUCAUUCCUUUCUUAGGCUCUCGGGGACAUUAGCUAACUCUGUCAUUUAAGAGCUGCUUUUCUAGUCACUGGCAGCCAUGUUCUCAGAUGUGCCCUCUGCCUUUGUGCCUUCUCCACACAAUCAAACUAGGGGAUGGAAGGAACUGAAACAAAGCAUCCUUGGCCUUCAGUCAUCCAUCUAUGUGGCAAACAUGUAUUCAGUCAUCAAGGUUGCCGAGAUGGAGAGUUCCACCAAUAAGGAGUUUCCCAUAUGCUGUGGAAACAGGUGGUAUGGUCCAUGCUGUGAUGUAUCAUAGCAAGCUCCACACUGAGGGUAUUUGCCCUGCUUCCUGUAGAACACGGAAGAAACCUGCAAGAUCAGGGAAUGAAGGACACUGUGACAGAGGGUUUGGCCACAUCAAGCUUUGUACAAUGCUGUAUACCUUGUAGAUGCUCAAUAAAGUAAUUGUUGACAACUCA